AUGAAGACGAUCGGUAUCAUCGGCGGCAUGGGAUGGCCAAGCACAAUAACAUACUAUCGCACCAUUAAUGAGCUCAUAGCCAAGCGGAUAGGAGGCACUGGGGGGAAAAGCGGCCGAUGGGGCAAAGUCGCAGACACGCUUGCUAUCCAAAUCGAUAAGCUCCAAUCAGCCGGUGCUGACUUUUUUAUUUUGACCUGCAAUACGGUCCAUUUUGUCGCUCCUCAUCUCGGGAGCAGCAUGAAAUUACCCAUGCUGCAUAUAGCCGAUGCAACUGCUCGGAAAAUUGUUGACGGCGGUUACAAAACGGUGGGCCUCCUUGGUAGCCGACGUACAAUGACUGGCGACCAUUAUAUAAAGCGUCUCGCUUCACAGCACGACUUCAAUCUUUUGGUUCCACAUGGAAGCGAGCAGGACAAAGUCUGUGACGCAAUUAUGGGUGAGCUUGUGCAAGGAACUUUCCUUGCAGAGACAAGGGCACAGUUCAAACUUAUAGUAGCGGGUUUGGCUAAGCGUGGUGCAGAAGUAAUUAUUCUUGGAUGCACUGAGAUUGGCAUUCUGGUUCAAGCCGAAGACAGUCCAGUCCCACUAAUUGAUACUUCCAUCGCACGUGCGGAAGCAGCAGUCGAUAUGGCGCUUGCUGACUAG